GAUCCGCCAAAUUCAAACAGAGACAGAAAAGGGAAAAGUUUGGGGUUUUGGGAACCCAGAAAUCGUGUGCAACAAAGUUAAGGAGCCUCAUCAGAAUGACUUCAGUGGUCCACGGGGUGGAAUCGGUGGUGAGCUCCGUCUGGCGCACGCACGCGGUCCUGGAGGAGUCUGACGAGGCGGACAGCUCCCCCGAGGCGGUGGACCGCUUCAGGAAGCUCCGCUCGUCCACCUCCCUGAACUCCCUGCGCAUGUCGCUACGGAAACGGCUGCCCCUGCGCCCCAUUCAGUCCAACGUGGAGGAGACGCCCACCUGGGAGAGCCUGGAGGUGAACCGCAAGCCCGGGGCCGUGCGUCUCCUCACCCGCAGCGCCCGGAACUCCAUCGGGAGUGCCUACCAGAAGCUGCAGAGGAUCCGUGCCCCGAGGGAAGAGUGCCUAGUCGCUACCCCGGGCAGGACCCCCGACCGCCAGGAGAGCAGCUUGCCCAGGGGGAAGCAGGCCUCCCGUACCCCCUGCAAACCUCCCUCCGCCCCCCCGGCCGCCGUCACCCCCAAACGUGGCCCGCAGCGGACCCCCAGGUCGGCCGCCAAGAGGACCCCCCGGGCCACGCGCACGCCCAAAUCGGGCGGGGCCUGCCAGGGUGUGCGGACGGGCAACUCCAGGAGGCAGCUGGUGAGAAUGGCAGCCCUGAGGAGCCCGUUCGCCUCACCCAACACCGUGAGCAACAGGAGGAAGUUUGACCGGGACCUGGAGUCUGUGUCCAGCGGCCUCAGGAAACUGAAACGUCUCUCUCAGGCCUUCGAUGAUGUCAUCGGCAGGGAUGACCGGGUGGAGGCCGCGAAACUCUACCGGCGGGAGAAUGUGAGCAGUUCCGGCCCAACGCAGAGUGACCAGCCCCUCAGGACUACCAGGGCCUCCAUCCGAUGCAGAACCCAGAGAAUAAGGGAGACUGUGGGCAGCUGGACUAGCGUAGCUUUGUCCAACAUCCAUAAAACUGCCUAGAAGGGAUGUCCUCUCUGAGUCUGUAUCUCCUUGCCUGUCAGGCUGUUUACUCUAAGCGUGUAUGUCAUAUACAGGGAAAAUGUAUUUUCUUAUUGUCUAUCUGUUUUUAUCUGUGUUUGCUAUCCGGUUCUGUCAUAUGUUAGCUGACUAACAGUUGAUCACAUUUUGUGAAAUACUCUAGGUAAAACAUAUUAAUAGUGUAUUCUGGCAUAUACCAAAAGGGAAACCAAAGGUCAAUUUAAGUCGAGAAUCAUUAUCUGAUGUGUUUUGAUAUAGAGUUGUAAGGUUUUUAGUCCACAUGUUGAUCACCUAGCUUAUUAAACUGUGUUUUAUAGUAACAGUUCUGUGUAAACCAUUAUGGACUAAGGUGCCCUAUAGAAAACCCAUAGAAAGGCUUAGGAAUCACCAUUCACUUCAAACGGUCAUGUGUCUUGAACAAUGUUUGUAUGAUCAAAUACAACGCUGGCGUCGCAUCCGUCUGCGCAGCUGUAGCGCAGUGGUCUCAUCCGCCCAUAAGGGGUUACUGCGGCCGUACCUUACAUUACAGUUUCAUCUCCUGCGCAUGAGCAACUUACUACUGUUUCUCGCUUUGUCCGGAAAUGAUUAUUGCUACAGCAUUAAUGCUUUGUUGGAUGUCCGAUUGACCUUCAGACAGUUUUGUGAUUUUCUUUUUUUAAAUAUAUAUAUAUAUAUAUAUAUAUAUGUGUGUGUGUGUGUAUAUGUAUUUUUUUUUUUUUUUACAUCCCCAUUAUGUUCUAGCUAUACUGUUGUGCUAAUGGCGAUUCAUAUAAUUUCUCAAUAUUUACUUUCAGUGAAGAAAGUUGAAUAUAUUUCUUUUAUUUCGGCCAUUCCAAACUGUUCAGACUGAGCUUAUACAGAAACUGUUGUAAAACCAGUUGACAUCCUAUUCUUUCCCAAUUGUAAUGUCCCCAUUAAUGGACAAUUCCCUCUACAAGUAUUCUCCUAUCAUUUUCAAAGCUUGGUCCUGGGGGACACUGGGUUUUGUCAAAGCCAAUAUCUUGAUCAAUUAAGUGAUGUUUAAAUUCCAACAUACUUCCAGAAUAGUGCCAUUUUGGGCAUUUAUUCAUUGAGUCAUUGAACUUUUAAUUCCUCCCAAAUCAUCCAAUUUCAGUAACCAGGUAACCAGAUGGCAAUUUCAGCUAUUUUGACCCCAGUCUAUAGCAUAAUCAAUUCAAAAAUGACUGGAAUCGUUUGUCAUACAACUCAUGGCAGCGAAUGAAAGCAUUCGUUAAUGUAACUGAUUAAAAUCCAGGAUGGGAAUGUGGAGCAUUUAUUCUUUUUGGCAUGCAGAGCUAUUUCUGGCAUAAUGUGACCUUAAGAGGGCAAGCCAUCCUUCAGUAGACAUUAAGUGUUUAAUUAAGAACAAUUAUCAGCCCAUUACUUUUCAGAGGUUGUGAUUAUGAUAAGAGGGAAAAUCGGCACAGUGGGUCCCCAGGACUGAGCUUGCAAACUCCUGCUCUACAUUUUUUUUUUUCUUCAGCCUUUAAUCAUAAUCAUAAACAUUAAUAUGAAAUGUCAUGAAGACAUUGAAGCAUUGUAUAUGGAAGCAUAUUACCGAAAUAUAUAGAACUAACACUAAGUGUAUACGUGAAAUUGUUUUAUAAAGGAAUUGUAUAUUUUUGUACGAGUUUCUGAUAUGGUUUUGGUUGCAUGUCAUUCUAAUCUGCCCAGCCAAAGACCUAUUGUUACAACCCCCCUCCCCUUAAGGCCAAAAGCCAUUAAAAAAAGCAGUUGCUGCUAACUGUUUUAUUUCCAAUGCAAGUCACUCUGCAGGUUUCAAAGGCAUUUACACACUUGAAUUGAUCAACUGUUAAGGACAUAAUUGACGUGGCCUUGGUGUGCAAUUGAAAGCCUCUGUUCAACAUCAAUGUUACACAAGUCUAUUGCUUUCCCCACUAGGCUCAGUUGAUGGAGGAGCAACGGUAAUGUUGCAGAUCAGGUUGUAUGGGUUUUAUAGUGUUAUACAUGGGUCCUGUGGGGACUUUAGCCUUUGGCGUGUAUUCUGGCAGCUGUACCCACUGACAGGUAACUUAUCAGCCACAAAUUCUUUCCUCUUCAAAGAAAUAUGUUACCCGCUGAUAUUGUACAAUAAAUCAUUCAAUCAUUUAUUUUA